AUGUACCCAGCGAAAGCGCACGCCAGAAAAGUGAGAGACCACUUUUUGAACAACAAGCGCAAUGCCAACACCGCGUUUUUCAUCGCGGGCGCCUCAUUGAAGCUGUAUCCUUACUGCGACCAGACUGCUCCUUUGAGACAAAACAGAUACUUCCACUAUCUUACCGGUGUGAACCAAAUCAGUGGCUGUUUUGUUCUGUACAACGUUUCCACCGACAAAUUGACCCUGUUCCUGCCAGACGUCGACGCCGACGACAUAAUGUGGAGCGGUCUACCUCUUUUUCCCGAAGAAGCCAUCAAGAAGUUCGAUGUCGACGAGGUUCUCUAUGCAGCCGUCGUGGACACAGUGUUGCAAGAUCUACUGGCCAACGAAACUGAAAUCCUCACCACCGACACGGAGGAGUACGCAGACAAGCAGUUUGCCAAAUACGUCACUGCCGGCGACAAGGACUUCUUCCAUGCGCUGGACGAGGCCCGGCUGAUUAAGGACUCGUUCGAGCUCGAGCUCAUGCGCAAGGCCGCCAAAAUUACCGACAACUCGCAUCUCGCCGUCAUGUCGGCCCUGCCGAUAGAGAGCAACGAGGGCCACAUCCACGCCGAGUUUGUCUACCACUCGAUCCGCCAGGGCUCCAAAUUCCAGGCGUACGAUCCGAUCUGCUGCUCCGGCCCAUCGUGCGGCACGUUGCACUACGUGAAAAACAACCAGGGUCUUGCCGGGAAGGACAGCGUUCUGAUUGACGCCGGGGCCGAGUGGGAGUGCUAUGCUUCCGACGUGACCAGAUGCUUCCCGAUCAGCGGAGUCUGGACCAAAGAGCAUCUGGAGAUCUACAAUGCCGUGCUGGAGAUGCAGAACGAAUGCAUGAAGGAAAUCAAGCCAGGUACUCAUUGGGACGAUUUGCAGCUGCUGGCGCACAGAGUACUGAUCAGGAACUUCCUCAAGCUCGGCCUGUUCACGGGCAACGAGGAGGACAUCUUCCGGUCCGGCGUGUCUGCCAGCUUCUUCCCGCACGGACUGGGCCAUCUUCUGGGCAUGGACACCCACGACGUGGGCGGCAACCCGAACUACAACGACCCAGACCCAAUGCUGCGGUAUCUGCGACUGCGCAGAAAGCUAGAACCGGGCAUGGUGGUGACGAACGAGCCGGGGAUCUACUUCUCGCCGUUACUCAUGGAACCUGCUCUGAAAAACCCAGACACCAGCAAAUAUAUUUGCCGGGAAGCAGUGGACAAGUACAUGUACAUCGGGGGAGUGCGCAUUGAGGACGACGUGGUGGUGACGGAGCACGGCCACGAGGUGCUGACGCAGAUCACGCGCGACCCGCACGAGAUCGCGCAGAUCGUCCAGGACGGGCUGGCCAAGGGCCGUUCCGGGUUCCAUGUCGUAGUCUGA